UAUUUAGAACAAUUUGUACAGCUGUCCCGGAAAGUGCUGCUGGCAUGCGGGACAUGUGUGUGCGCGCUCGCGUGCGUGUGUGUUGUGCAAGAGAUCGGCACAGAGUGUGGUAUAAAUCAGUUCAUCCGCAUAAACUUGCGCUAUGAUACGGGGUGAUGGCGCCGUUGCUGCAGCUAAUCGUUGUCGCUGCGAUCGCUGGGGAAGGAGUGCUGGAACGUGAAGCCGCACCACCACCAGCACGUGCCACCGGGCGCAUUGUUGGUGGCUGGGAGGUGUACAUCGGUCAGUUUCCCUAUCAACUGUCGCUCGAGUACGAUGGAUAUCACAUUUGUGGUGCAUCGGCAGUGGCUCCCCGGCUGGCCCUUACCGCUGGCCAUUGCUGUAUCGGAACGAACGAAACGGAUCUCACUGUCCGAGGAGGAAGCUCGACGCUGGAAGAGGGUGGAAUAGUGUUCCCAGUGAAGAAGCUGGUCAUACAUCCCGACUACGACGAUUCGAAUCUAGACUUUGAUGUGUGUGUUCUACGGAUUGGCGGAACGUUUCAGAAUAAGCCCAACAUUGGCAUCAUACAGCCUACGAGCAGUGGAACGAUUCCGAGCGGCGAGCUAGCUAUCGUUACUGGCUGGGGAGCGACAGAAUCGAAUGGCAACUUCGUGCCGAACCUGCGAUCACUGGCGGUGAAAGUUUGGUCCACGAAGAAUUGCACCGACCAGGCAGCGAAUUAUAUGACCUCCUCCGGAAGCAUGAUGUGCGCUGGCAGCGUCGGACGCUCGUUUUGCGUCGGAGAUAGCGGAGGUCCCUUGGUGUACGACCAGCGGCAAAUAGGCAUCGUAUCGUUCCUCAUAAACGAGUGUGGAGGCACCGCACCGGCCAUCUACACCCGGCUAUCCCACAGAAGCGUGAGAGACUUUAUUCGACAGCAGAUAAACAACGAUCAGCGGCGCAUGGCGCAGGCGGCGACCGGUUGAGCACAGAAAGACACGCGCCACAUGGCGGAUGUUUUCAAAUUCA